AUGGGUCGACUGGAGGUUAACGGUGAACCUGGUUACCUCGGAUACACUGGACUUCCUGGUGUGAUUGGUUACCCCGGAAACGAAGGUAAUCCAGGUCCAGGCGGAGAAAAGGGUGAUCAGGGAGCAGUCGGAGCUUCAGGCCUGAAAGGUUCUCGGGGUAUUCCAGGAAAACCAGGUUUCCCAGGACCUCCAGGAUUGCCGGGAAUCCCCGGACAUGAAGGACCAAUCGGUCGACCAGGAGUCCCAGGAUGCAACGGGACGAAGGGUGACCCUGGUUUCCCAGGUUACCCCGGGCCUCCAGGACCACCUGGUCUGCAGGGCCGUGAAGGACUGCGAGGGCCGAAGGGCGACACGUUCAGUUUCCCCGUCGCUCAGGACGUUAAAGGAGCUACAGGACCCCCGGGACUGUACGGAGGAAAGGGGCUGGAUGGAGAACCAGGUGAAGCUGGUCUUCCAGGAUCCCCGGGACCUGCCGGACUUCCUGGAGGUCCAGGGUUGCCGGGGUUACCGGGAGAGAAGGGUCAAGAAGGUCCCAGUCCAGUGAUUCCAGGUCCACGAGGACAGAAGGGCGACAGCGGACCUCCAGGGAUUCCCGGGCAGAAAGGAAUCAAACUGUACGCCGAGGGAUCCAAAGAACUGAAGGGAGAACCAGGUGAAAUUGGAGACAAAGGCUGUCUGGGGAUUCCUGGUUUGCCGGGGAAACCGGGGAUUAAAGGAGAGAAGGGAGGUGUUGGUGAUCUGGGUUCACUGGGUAAACCUGGGAAGGAGGGAUUCCCCGGAGAGCUCGGAGAACAGGGAGAUCCCGGAGAUCGUGGGUUCCUUGGUCCUCCGGGUAUCGAUGGAUCCCCGGGAGAGAAAGGCGAUCAAGGUCCUCCAGGUCUUCCAGGAGAGAUGGUUUGGAAACACAGAUUCCUGAAGGGUCAACCUGGUGUCCCCGGACCUCGAGGACCCCCGGGAGUCCCUGGAGAACAGGGACUAAUCGGGUUUCCUGGACUGAGGGGAGAACCAGGUGUGGCUCCUACCGGACCACCGGGCCCCCAGGGGCCUCCCGGUUCAUCUGGGCCCAAAGGAGAUCCAGGAGAGCCGGGGCCAUUGGUUAUUGGCCCCCCGGGACAGACUGGAGUCCCAGGAUUUCGUGGAGCUGAAGGAGAACCAGGAGAACCGGGAAUACCCAAUUUUGUGGAAGGUGAAGUUGGUCGUCCAGGAGUUAAAGGUCUCAAAGGCCUGACAGGAUUACCUGGAACCAGAGGGGAGGCUGGACUGACAGGUGACAAGGGGGAGGUGUGUUUGGCCUGUCCUGUGGUUUCUGGAGAACCGGGACCUCAAGGUGAACCAGGAAAACCAGGUGAAAACGGGUUGACAGGUUCAGAUGGUUAUCCAGGAUUCAAAGGCGAUGAAGGGGUCAAGGGUAUCGGAGGACCAACUGGUCCACCGGGUCCCUUUGGUAUCCCCGGCCUCCCAGGUUCCCCGGGACUCGCUGGUGAACCGGGAAUCAUGCAGCGGGUCGGGCAGAAGGGUGAGGACGGGGCCCUGGGGGAAUCAGGACCACAAGGACUGGAGGGAAGGGAUGGACGUACAGGAGUGCCAGGACCAAAAGGUGCAGUGGGACCGAAAGGAGACCCGGGGCCUCUGGGGCCCAAAGGGGACCAGGGUCCACUGGGAGACACUGGCCCCAGAGGACUGACGGGACAAAUGGGGCCCUCUGGACCUCCUGGUAUCGGGGCUCCAGGACCACCUGGACCUAAAGGCACUGUGGGAACCCUGGGAGAACCAGGAGAACCUGGAUCACCAGGUGAAAAAGGUUCUCCAGGGGAAAUCAGAACCUCUCCAGGUGAUCCAGGCGAGAAAGGAGAGAAAGGUUUAUCUGGAAACCCCGGACCUGAAGGUCUGACCGGAUCCUCAGGAGCUUCAGGAUUUAUUGGUCCAAAGGGAGAAAAAGGAGAUAAAGGCUUUUCUGUCCAGGGGCCCCCAGGUUUCCCAGGAGUCAAAGGACCGAAGGGUCUGCCUGGAGCUCCGGGUUUACCAAGUUUUGGCAUCAAGGGUCGAGCGGGGCCGUCGGGUCCACCGGGGAUGCCAGGGCCAAAGGGGCACAGAGGCUUUGGUUUUCCAGGCCAGCAGGGUCAAUCGGGCCCUCAGGGAGAAGACGGCUCUGUGGGACCCCAAGGAAACCCGGGACUUCCUGGUAUAGACGGGGCUCCAGGACAAAUAGGACAAGAUGGUCUAGCAGGACUUAAAGGUCAUCGCGGUCUGGAUGGGCUUCCUGGUCCUGUUGGUUUCAUUGGACCCUGUGUACCUGGAGAUCCUGGACCUGAAGGAGAACCAGGCGUGAGGGGCGUCAUCGGAUUCACAGGGAUCCGGGGCCUAAAGGGUGAGCAGGGGGAUCCUGGGCUGCCGGGCGUUGGAGCUCUGGGGCCUCAGGGGCCAUACGGGAACCCAGGGUUUGAUGGAACUCCUGGACCGGUAGGAGCUGUUGGACAAAAGGGUCUGAGAGGAACCGAUGGGGAGCCAGGGAGCCCAGGAGUCAGAGGGAACCAGGGCCCCCCAGGUCCAUUUGGGAGACCAGGGGCCGAUGGGAAACCAGGGGAGCCCGGACAACCAGGACCGAAAGGUAACAUGGGGGCAAAAGGACUCGGAGGUUCUCGGGGGCCCACGGGACUGCAGGGGGACCGAGGAGAGCCUGGACCGAAAGGAAUCCAGACGGACGUCAUGAUGUACGGUGAUCCUGGAGACCCCGGAUUCAUCGGUGCUAAAGGUGUCACCGGUUGUAAAGGUGAGAUAGGCCUCCCGGGGCUCCGAGGCCCAGACGGCAGCGACGGCAAACUUGGAAACUCCGGACCACGAGGGCUUCCUGGAGACCCGGGUAGAGAUGGAGCAAGAGGUCUUCCUGGUCCCGCUGGACCCCCUGGUAACCCAGGACCGCUGGGGAUGCCAGGGUGUAAAGGUGAGAAAGGCUGUUUAGGACCUUGUGGGAUUCCUGGUUCAGAUGGAAAACCAGGAAUAGAUGGGCCUAAAGGUUCUAAAGGAGUACCAAGUCCACCUGGACCAGGACCGAAGGGAUGUCCAGGAACGAAGGGGAACCCAGGUUGUCCAGGACCUCCAGGUCCAAAGGGGCAUCCAGGACACUGUGGAAACAUCGGUCCUCCAGGAAAGUGUGGCCCCUGUGGCCCCAAAGGACAUUGUGGACCCCCAGGAUGCAGAGGACCUCCGGGGACUCCUGGUGAUAAAGGUUGUCAUGGUCCUCCAGGUAGAAGUGGACCUCCAGGACCGACCGGCCUCACAGGCAACAAGGGCGCUCCUGGAGAUCCAGGUCCGGCUGGUCCCAGAGGAAACCAGGGACAGGACGGGAUACCUGGACCUCCUGGAGAGAAAGGAGCCAUGGGAGCUCCUGGAACUGGACCUCGAGGACCAGACGGGACUAAAGGUCAACCAGGAUGUUCUGGAGAGAAGGGUCCUCCUGGUCCCUGUGGUCCACCGGGUUCAUGUGGUCCUCCGGGGCACCCAGGCUGCUCCGGGCCUCCUGGACCUCCUGGUCUUCCUGGAUGUCCCGGCAAGGACGGAAUCUGCAUCGAAGGAACCAAAGGAGACCGAGGAGUUCCUGGAGGACGAGGACCCAAAGGUACUCCUGGCACCUGUGGUCCUCCUGGUCCUCCUGGUCCGGGCUUUAAAGGUGAUAAAGGUUGUAAAGGACCACCAGGUGCACCGGGACCACCUGGUUGCCCCGGAGAGCCCGGACAACGAGGCUGUAAGGGCAGAGACGGACCUCCGGGUCCACGUGGACACAAAGGCCUGAGAGGACCACUCGGUACCAAAGGACCUGCCGGCCUGAAGGGGGACGACGGACCACCGGGACCCUGCGGCCCUCCAGGAUGCCAGGGACCGCCUGGGAGGAGAGGCCUCCGGGGGAAGGACGUGACCCAGGAGGUGAGGCUGCUGCCCGGACACAAGGGCUCACCUGGAGAACCUGGACCGCCGGGAGAGAAAGGACCGCCGGGGUGCGCCGGGCCAGCUGGGCCUAAAGGUUCGAGAGGCGACGACGGGCAGACGGGUAGAAAAGGAAAACGAGGUCGACCUGGACUGAUGGGAGAUAAAGGAAACCAAGGAUUCCCCGGAAGGAAUGGUCCUAAAGGUUUCCGUGGACAGACCGGAGCUAAAGGACUUCCUGGUCCACCGGGCGGUUGCGGGACGCCGCCCAGUAAGAACGGCUUCCUGUUCACCAAACACAGCCAGGAACUGUACGUCCCACAAUGCCCUGCAGGGUCCGAGCUCUUAUACAGCGGAUACUCGCUGCUGUUCAUCAACGGGAACAACCGAGCUCACGGCCAGGACCUGGGUACGCUGGGCAGCUGCAUGCCUCGCUUCAGCACCAUGCCCUUCUUGUUCUGCAGCACCGACGAAACCUGCCGCUACGCCGCCCGCAACGACUACUCCUAUUGGCUGUCCACCAACGAGCAGCUGCCCGAGGACCUGCCGUUCCUCACCGAGGAGUCGCUGAGGACCCACAUCAGCCGGUGUUCAGUCUGUGAAGCCAGAGCCAACGUGAUCGCUGUCCACAGUCAAACCAUGACCAUCCCAUCCUGCCCCGACGGCUGGGACUCGCUCUGGGCCGGAUUCUCCUUCGUCAUGGAAACCGGAGUCGGGGCUGAAGGAUCGGGUCAGCCGCUGGCCUCGCCCGGAUCCUGUCUGGAAAACUUCCGGAAGAUUCCCUUCAUCGAGUGUCACGGCCGAGGAACCUGCAACUACUACACUGACUCGUACAGCUACUGGCUGGCGGCCCUCAACCCCUCAGAGAUGUUCAGCAAACCAAGGCCUCAGACCGACCGAGGAAUCCUCCCAGGAAACCUGAUCAGCCGCUGCAGAGUCUGCAUGAAGCAAUUGUGA